UAUUUUUUGUUUUCACCUACUUGGACGCCGUUCGUGCCAUUCAGACGUACUACGAAGUACAGUAGUUAUUACAGUAGUGCUUUCAUUUCGUGCAACAACAACACCAACGCAUGUCGAUCACUCGAUGGCUUUUCUAGCAAACUAGUSUAACGUACGUACGUACUCGUACCCUUGUGUAUCAAAACUAAUUGGAUACAGUUUACAAUUGCAUCAGUUUCGUUUUCGUAUCACCACCAUCAAAUUUCCAAAAUGGCUGGCAUCGUGACCGAAGCCUCCAUCCGCGCGAAAUGCAUUGAAGCUGAAUCAUUAAAAGAGAUUUCCCAUGUAGAAUGCGAAGUGCUCGGAAGCUGCGAUGGAGGAGCAAAGGUCACCGUGACUGUCGUGUCGACUGCGUUUGUGAAGCUUCCUCUCUUGAAGAGACACCGAUUGGUCAACGAGAUCUUUUCUGAAGAGCUCAAGAGCGAAUCAAUACAUGCCCUUUCUGUCAAGGCCUAUACGCCGGCACAAUACGAAGCGAAAAAAUAAAUGACGACGAGAAGAAAGAAAGUACUCUGAGUAGUAAUGAUGAGCAAAAUUGGCAUACUAUUAUCGCUUCAGAAGCUAGGACGGAUGCGGUACCACACUACAAAUGUCGACGUUUGUCGAGCUUAAUAAAAAUAGUUAGCUGCCGAGAUCAUUACGAAGAUGAAAAAAAGAAGUGAUAAUCGAAGCAAAUAUUCUAUCUCGUUUUUCAAAAGAGUGAAGAAAUGAUAGUAUUCAUUUUCCUAAAAGGAAUUAAUAUUAUGUUGUUCAAUCCACAAURAAGAAAAAUGAAGGAAGAAUACAUUGGUUGCUUGGUGGCUUAGCUAGUUGUUUCGAAUAUUAUUUGUCUUCUAGGUUUAUUUCUAUGUUUAUGUUGAUAUCGAACGGUGAAGAAUGGAUUCAAUUGUAUUGCUUAGCACAAAGAUUGAUGACGCAUGCGUUGGUUGCUAUGCCCAGCAACUUGCAAUCAGAGUUUUGGGAAUCUCCGAUGAUCUUGCAAGAAUCAUUUCCUCCACUUACGUAACUACCCUCGCUCGUAUAGUGCACAGUCUCUUGGUCUGUCGGACCCACAUAGCUGCAUUCUCCUUCUUUGACCUCAACAUGACUCGUUCUCGUUCCACCAUGAGCACUUCGUUUGAGAACAAAGUCGGCCCUGACUUCGGCAUCACAAUUGUUCACGGCAUAGACAGCAUACCUUGCUUUUUGCGAGGAUUCCGUUGACGGGCUGGCUGUUGGAGAAGGGCAGUUUUCUUCCAUGAAGGUGAUGUCUUUUGUAUGAAUUCCAUCCUUGCUACAGAUUCCUAAUUGACCAUCGCUGGCAUUGACUAUUUGAUAGGUACCGCCGUUGUCUUCGCAGCAGGUGACUGCUGGAGAUACCAUAGCUUGUACGCCGUGGAUGCUAACGAUGAGGGUAGCGGUAGUGAAAUAGAUAGUGACGAUAUUG